AUGGCUGCAACAGUUGUCGCCUUGGGUAUCCUUCGCCCUUGCUACCUCCUGCUGCUCCUGGCCGCCGCCAGCGGCAUCGUCACUCCCCUCCUUUCACAGGCGACCGACACCGUCUCCCGGAGCCAGCCGCUCUCCGGCGAUCGGAGGCUGGUCUCUCAGGGCGGCAAGUUCGCCGUGGGAUUCUUCAAGCCGGCUGGGGGAGCACCUGAUAAGUGGUACCUUGCAGUUUGGUUCAACAAGGUACCAAAGUUCACACCUGUCUGGGUAGCCAAUAGAGUGGCUCCAAUCUCUGAUCCAAAGUCAUCCAAGCUGGGAAUUUCAGAGGAUGGAAACAUGGUCUUGUACGAUCAGCUCAAUUCUCCCAUCUGGUUCACUAACAUCACCAGCAACACUUCUAAUCUUACCAUUGGUGUCAUCCUAGACACAGGCAACUUUGUGCUGACAUUAGCAUCCAACCCCACCAACUUCUUAUGGCAAAGUUUUGACGAACCCACCAAUGUUUGGCUACCAGGGGCCAAGCUUGGAUGGAACAAGAUCACUGGUCUGAACAGGCGCUUAGUCUCAUGGAAAACCUCAAGCGACCCAUCACCAGGGAACCAUAUUUUCCAGGGUGCCUGA